AUGUCAAGAUCCAGACCUUUCAGUAUCACUUCAUUGAUCUCAACAACAGGAACCUUGUGUUUGCCACUGUUCCAGUCGGUGCUCUCGGACCUACCAUGUGAAGAAAAUGAAACGCGUGUAAAUUGUAACGAUCAACACCCUAAUGGCUGGUAUAUCUGGUUCCUGCUGCUGAUUUUCCUGCUGGUACUUCUCUGUGCAGUGAUUCUCUUCUGCCUCCAGUGCUGGCUGAAAAGAGUCCAGAUUGAUUCCCCAAGACGCACCAUGGCCGUUUUUGCUAUUGGAGACUUGGACCCAAUUUAUGGGACAGAAGAGGCUGUGAGUCCAAUUGCUGGAAUUCACCUUCAGACUCAAAACCCUGAGCUGUAUCCUGUUGCAUGUUUUCGCACUUUAGGUCCGCCACCUCCCUAUGAAGAAAUUCUAAAAACAAACCGAUUUUAG